GAACCAGUGGUUGACCGAAGUUGUGAUAACCGAUAGUAGGACGGGCACUCAAACAUGCCAAUGUCAUAUGUUUUCUGCGUCGCAAUUUCUCCCAGUGGAGAACUGCUCGCAAGUGGAGAUUCUGAUGGGAACCUUCAGCUCUGGUCCAUCGAGAGCAUACUUUCCACAGCAUUCGAGACGGGUCCUUUAUACUUUGCGCAUCGCAGUAAGGUGAAGUUGGGCCAAAGGCUCUAUGCGGAGGCCCUUUCAGACGCGGAAAAGGUCAUCGAGCUCGAUCCUUCGUCUCAUCUCGGAUACGACUUGAAGUAUACAGUGCUUCAUGGAGCACAACGCUAUGAUGAUGCAUUCGAGGUCUUUACAUUCAUGCUCUCCAAGUAAUAUUAUGCACCCAACCCACGAAUACGACAGCUACGCCAGCAAUAUGUCAGUCUAUCUGAAGUAGAAGAUGCUAUUCGACGAGCCAUUCACGCCCAACUGGAAAAUACUCCACUUCGUCUAAUCAACACCGUCACUGGGCAUAUAUGUAAUCGAAAUGCACAGAUCAACGUUGUCACGGAGAGUAUGGAGUACAAAGAGCUUUUGCAUUCAUUAGUGACGCAUGCACCCCUCCAAACGGAACU